UCAGUUUCUGAAUUUAGUUACAACCUCAGAAAACAAACAACCUUAUUCUCAAACCAAACUGCAUUAUUCUCAAAGGUUUCUUCAUUUUCAUCCUUCACUACUUGUGAAGCUGCACCUGAAGUAGUGGAAGGAAGAAAGUUUCGCUGUUCUUGAGAUGUCUGGUGUUCUUGUUUGGGUGAGUUGUUGGCCCAAAGAGAACAUCAACUCCUUGGUGAGCUUUGCAGGCAGGAGUAGCAGUGGUGAAAGAAACCAAAGAAGGUUCUCAGGAGUCAGCUUUGCCAGUGGGGUUUCUGCUUUUUCCAGUGCAGUGGCAGCUGACACUUCAAGAUCCUCAGAGGAGAGGGUCUAUGAUGUCGUGCUGAAGCAAGCAGCUCUUGUGAAAGAGAACAAAAGGGGUACAAACAUUGGUUUAGAUUUGGACAAAGAUGUUGGAGCUGAUUUCACCAAUGGGGAUCUGUUGAAUGUGGCUUAUAAUCGGUGUGGUGAAGUCUGUGCCGAGUAUGCCAAGACAUUUUACUUAGGCACACAAUUGAUGACUGCAGAGCGACGAAAAGCGAUUUGGGCAAUUUAUGUUUGGUGCAGAAGAACUGAUGAACUGGUUGAUGGACCAAACUCUUCACACAUCACCCCUGGUGCCUUGGACAGGUGGGAGCAACGAUUAACUGAUGUUUUUGAAGGUCGACCCUAUGAUAUGUAUGAUGCUGCUCUCUCACAUACUGUCUCAAAGUACCCAGUUGAUAUUCAGCCCUUUAAGGACAUGAUUCAAGGAAUGAGGAUGGACCUUAAGAAGUCAAGAUACGAAAACUUUGAUGAACUGUACCUUUACUGCUACUAUGUUGCUGGAACAGUAGGCCUUAUGAGUGUGCCAGUAAUGGGGAUAGCACCGGAUUCAAAGGCUUCAACAGAGUGCAUUUAUAAUGCUGCAUUGGCUCUAGGCAUUGCAAAUCAACUCACCAACAUUCUCAGAGACGUGGGAGAAGAUGCCAGAAGAGGAAGAGUAUAUCUUCCACAAGAUGAAUUGGCAAAAGCUGGGCUUUCAGAUGAUGACAUUUUCCGGGGUAAAGUUACAGAUAAAUGGAGGAAAUUCAUGAAGGGACAGAUAAAGAGAGCAAGGAUGUUUUUUGAUGAGGCAGAGAAAGGAGUUGCAGAGCUAAACUCUGCUAGCAGGUGGCCAGUGUGGGCAUCACUGUUGUUAUAUAGGCAAAUAUUAGAUUCUAUUGAAGCCAAUGACUAUAAUAACUUCACAAAAAGGGCUUAUGUAGGAAAAGUCAAGAAGCUCUUGUCACUUCCUGCUGCCUAUGGUCUUUCACUUCUAGGCCCUUAGAACUUCACCAAAAUGGUUAAGAGAAAAUAAAUAGCUGUUACAAUUUGUGAUUACCUAGUUAGAAUUGUAUACAUCUGAAGUUACCUAGAUGUCUUCUACAACAGUUGCAAUCCAUUCAUUAUUUAAUCAAUUCCUUAUCAUAAAUAUUAGAAAC